UCGCCAUGCCAUCUCGCCAGAAGAAGUUCCUCCGCCAGCAAGCCAUAGUGCGCGCUGAUCGGAUCCGCGCUGCCCAGGCCGCGCAGGACGCUCAGAAGCAAGCUGCGCUCCGUAAGUCCACUCCUCCAACACCAUCAUACCUUGCAAUUGCUAACCCACCCAGCUGUUGUGUCUCCACCUCCCGUUGCUGCCACAGCUGCUCUAGUCCGCAAGACCACCCACCGCAUGUCCACUCCCGGCAAGGCAGCGCGAGAUAUAACCACUACCACUCCCAUCCGCACUCCCCAGUCCACCCCCGGCAUCCUCACCGCGGCACCCAACUACCGCAAGGCCCUCGCAAGCAAGAAGAAAGCACACCACAUCCCGCUCCACGCGCCCGCGCGCAACGCGCCGCUCUCCGACGAGUCCGAUAGCGCGUCCGAGAGCGACGACGACAGUGCCGACGACACAGACUCGGACGUCAGCACUGUGCUGCUCGACCGCGGCGAUCAAGUGUCGCUGCGGUCUGUGGACGGCUUCUGCGCGGCGUUCGACUUCGAUGGGCCGGCGGUCGUGGCUGGGGAGCGGUUAGUGCUUAAGGCGCCCGGGUUGUUUAGGAUGCCGGUGCUGGGUGGGGAGAAGCGGUGUGAGGGUCCGGGAGCGGAGAGUGUGGACUCGCUCGCGCUCCCAGCAAUGGAGGCUGUUGGCCAAGCGCUUGCUGUGUCGCAAAAGGACACCUGCUUGCGUGAGGACACUCAGUUAUCCACGGUAUCAGGUCUGGUCGUGGUUCAAGGUACUGCGAUCGCCGCCGAAGAUGUCCAGGCCGCUGAGAGUCUGCUGGAACUCAGUCUUGCCUCCUCCCGUACGUUAGUUCUCGACAGUGCCGAGUCCGUCGCUACAGUCUACCCUGAUGUCUAUGCGGCACUUGGUCUACCAACGGAUACGCUCACGCCUAGGCUCGUUGCUAUAGGCGUUUCUAUUGCCACUGCUGCACGCGAUGCCGAUGCUCGCAUGUCAGCCACUGUCGACCUGGCCGAGUUCGACAUCUACGUUGACGAGGUCGAUGUUGAUGUUCACUCGAACACUGAACUCACUGCUGUUGACGAGAAUCUCGAGGAUGUCGAGACGGACUACAAUGACGCCAGCGAAGUCUUUGGCGAUGAUGGCGGCGAUUUCUCCGUCCACUUCCAGGUCUCUCCUAACAUCAACCUGGCAGCUUACAUUGAUCAUCCUGCCUACCAUUCACUUCGGUCUCUUGGCUGCCUGGACGCUGAGACCAACCACUUCCAGGUCGAGCCUACCAGCGACCGGGCUUCUCUCGCUCAUCAUGUUGACCGCUGCCGACUGCAGCCUCUUGGCUACCUAGACUCUGACGACGAGCCAGCCGUGCCUGCGCACUUGACUCCGUCAUUCGUCGCUCUCCGCUCCGAGAUGACGAACGCCACGUCUUCGCCGUUCGGCCGGUCCCCAUGCCCCAUCGCUGCCUCAACUCCAGGAUGGCCUGCGACCUCUCCAGUGCGCGCUGCUCGCUCCGAAGACGAGUUUGCCGAGCACUCAUCGCCGGCCUCCGAGCCACCCCAGCCCAUCGUCUCCCCAGACUGGACCGCAGAACUCGUCCGCACGAAGCUCGGCACCGAGUCACUCUUCACCUUCCUCUCGACUCUCUACAUCAAGGCCAAUGGAUCGACGACGAAGCCCGCCCUCGCCGCCACCUUUCUGACCCUGGUCGACGCCGAGCGCGAGAAGCUGGAUCUGCCACCUCUCCCCGUUGCCUGCACCGCCCCUGCCGUGCUCGCGAGCAAGAUCCUACCGCACACCACGGUUCUGGGUACGACGUCGCUGGCCACGUUUCUCGCGCAAUUCAGGUUCAGCGCUGAUGGUACGGUCGUGGCCGAGGAGGUGUAUCGCGUGUUCAAGGAGCUUUGCAGGGAGGAGACGGCGAAGAACAUGCAGGCUACUGUCGGGAUCAUGGGUGCACUUGGUCGCCGCCUGGGAAAGCUGGCUGGCUAGUGGUGUUUGUCGAGAGGUUCUUGCAGGUCCAAAGGUUCUGGGAUUGGAUUGGUUGAGGCGCUUUUUUCUGUCUGUUUUCUCUUCUGCAUGGCAUCAGCACUCUUUACCUCUUCUGCCACGCGCGCUGGGGCUUCGACUCAUCGUGGAUCGAUCCGAGGUGUGCGGAUUGAUGUUGGCCUCGCAUUCACGUGCUUGAGACUUCGACUCGUCCCUCCACCUCCGACGCGAGACACGGUUGCAGUUGGCCUCAGGCCGUGGCAGGGGGUCAGGAUCGCUUGAAACCACGAAUUCAUCAUGUACUGUAGAGCUCAUCUCAAAAAAUUCGAUUCACGAUAAAAUCAUCUUAACAUUGUGAC